GGUUUGGUCCAUUUGGAGAGCACGCUGUUAACGCCAGUUGGAUUGCAGUGCAGGAGCUGGAGAAGUUAGGGCUGCGAGAUGAUGUGGAUCUGCACGUCUACGAGGUCCCGGUUGAAUACCAGACAGUGCAAAGACUCAUUCCUGCAUUAUGGAAAAAGCACAGUCCACAACUGGUGGUUCAUGUGGGUGUUUCGGGUAUGGCUACGACCGUGACCCUGGAGAAGUGUGGCCACAAUGUGGGUUAUAAAGGCUUGGACAACUGCCGCUUCUGCCCAGGCUCUCAGUGCUGCGUGGAAGGAGGCCCUGAGUGCAUCGAUUCCAUUAUUGACAUGGACACAGUUUGCAAGAGGGUCUCGGCUCUGGGGCUGGACGUCACGGUCACUAUAUCGAAGGAUGCCGGCAGGUACCUUUGUGACUUCACUUACUACACGUCCUUAUACCAGAGUCGUGGGAGGUCGGCUUUUGUUCACGUGCCUCCGCUGGGAAAGCCCUACACUGCAGAGCAGCUGGGCCGGGCACUACAGGCUAUAAUAGAAGAAAUGCUGGAUGUUUUGGAGCAUUCUGAAGACAAAAUCAAUUGUCAGCAUGAACACUGAAAGUGGGCAGAAGUUAUCCUAGUAUUGCACUUCCAGAAUCUUCCCUGCUACUGAAGUACCGGGGAAGCGGUCUGAAACGUACAGACCCCAGAAUUGGAGACUUCAACAAGGCAAAUUCCACUCCUAGCAAUGGACCUUUUCUUU